AUGGAAGCUACAGGAAGGGUGCUAGAUGGGCUGGAUGCAGAAAUCGGGGAAUGUAAGGUGGUGAAUGACACAAAUGUCAGGGAGGCUAGCUUGACCGUCGAGGAGAUAUGUGUGAUCGUCGAGCUGAUUGAGCACAUCUCUCAAUAUUUGCAGGCUGCAUUGCAUGAAGCUGUCAUUCGCAAGACUGAAUUAAAAUGCAUCGCCCAUCGGGAUUACGUACAUGCAUAUUGGAAAAGGGAAUGGGAGUGGCGAGAUGGUCGACAACAUGCAAAUAGAAGCACAGUGCAGACAGAAGACAGCAGUGCGAGUGAAAGGCAUGCAGAAGAAAGCACGUUUCUAUCAUUGCUGACAGAAGAAGAAUGCAGAGAAUGCCACAGGCAGUUCAUGGAUUCGAUUUCGAGCAAAGCACUGAGGUUGACGAUAUGCGGUGUAUGUGGUCGAUGGGGGCUGCAGUCAUUAUUAGAUACUCAGCCAGUUUCCACCAUCGAACCAUUCCAUGACAUGGUGGAUGGCAUUGUGCUUGCACGAGAAGCAAUUCGUGACAUAGAGGAAGAAAAGAUCAUGGACAUCUGUGCUGAAUGCAUGUCAAAUUUGAACAACGAACGCAGGGAUGGUCAAAUUGCAAGGUGGUCUUUAGUGAACAAUCUGUGGUUAGGAAGCAUUCCCUGA